AGUAAUAACGCAUUAUUUGUAAAAAAUGCGAUAAAAUUGUAGAUAAUACUUUUAUUAUUUAGUUUCAUUGGCACCUGACUUAUUAAGACAUUUAGUGGAACGCCUCAAUGAUUGCUAGAAUGGUUAUGGGCGUUAAAUGGAACAUACCCUUCGUAUAUGUGUAGGAAUUUUGUUGUACAUAAGAUGAAUGUUAAAGAGGUUAUGUUGUUAAAACACGAUUAACUUUUCAGUUAUUCAAAAAAUACACUUUUAUUACUUGUAGUGCGAAUAACAAUAAAUUCGUACAUUCAGUUUUGUCAUGCUUAAUGGAAACUUAUUGAAGACGAUAAAUAUUACAAAAAACUUCAAGUUAUGGAGUUCUACAAUACCUUGGAAGAUUCCUGAGUAUCCCGAGCUUAAUGAAGAGUAUCUUUGUAAUCCUUGCAAUUCAAAUGCAAUAGAAAAUAAUAUAAAUAACAGAAAAGGUGUUGGUGAUAUUAAGUUGUUACACGAGUUGAAAAAUAAACUAGAGAAAAUUAAUGGGCAAUCACAUGAAUAUGAAAGUAUUAGGAGCCAAUAUUAUAAAGAGUUGAAUCAAAUUCCCAAUGACACUCAUCCAAAUAUUUAUACUUAUGGCGAUAAACCAAAAGUAAUUAAAGUAGUUAAUAAUAAAAAAUUGUUUCCUUUUAAAUGUGAAGAAUUUGGUGAAAUAGCUAAAAAACUUAAUUUGGUGAGAACAGAACAACUCGGUAAUGUAUCUGGAAAUAGGAGCUAUUAUAUUCUAGGUGAACUGGCUGAAUUAGAGCAAGCACUGAUUAAUUACUUUGUUGAAAAUUUAAUAAAUUCAGGAUAUGAACUUAUAUCUGUACCAGAUAUAUUACCCAGAUAUAUAAUUGAAAGAUGUGGGAUGAAUACUAGAGGAGAACGUAAUCAAGUAUAUACUUUGGAUUCAAAAAUACAUCCACCAGAUAUGUGCCUUUCUGGUACAUCAGAAAUGGCAUUAGCAGGGUUCCUUGCUGGAGAUAUUUUAUCAGAGGAUGAUUUACCUAAAAAGUUAGCUGCGGUUAGUAGAUGCUAUCGAGCUGAAACAUCCAGUACAGCAGAAGAAAGAGGGAUCUAUAGAGUUCAUGAAUUCACUAAAGUGGAAAUGUUUAUGGUAACCACACCAGAAAUGUCUGAUAAUGCUUUGGAAGAAAUACGAAAAUGGGAAGAGGAACAAUUUAAAUCUCUUGAUUUGCAUUUCCAAGUUUUAGAUAUGCCACCACAUGAAUUAGGAGCACAAGCUUAUAGAAAAUAUGACAUUGAGGCUUGGAUGCCAGGUAGAAAAGUUUAUGGAGAAAUUUCCAGCUGCAGCAAUUGUACAGAUUAUCAAUCUAGAAGGUUGAAUAUAAAGUACAAGACCAAAGAGGGAGAAACCAGAUUUGUACAUACAUUGAAUGGAACAGCAUGCGCAAUUCCAAGACUGCUGAUAUCUAUAAUAGAAAAUGAACAAAAUGAGAAAGGGUUAAUUCACAUACCGAAAGUAUUACAUAAAUACAUGCAAGAUAAAACUUUUAUAGGGAAACAAAAAGGGGUACCGGAAUUGAGACUUGUGAAGAAUAAAAAGAAAUAAUACAGUUCAAAAGAAACUUUAUAAUUUUUUUUACUUAACGCUAGUUCAAAGUUACUAUAUUAUCACUAUAGACACAUUUUAAACAUAACUCAAUGUAAGUAUGUUGUUCGAACUUCUUGUUUCACAACUGACAUUGCUUAUAAAAUCACAUAAAAGUGGCUAUGGUUGCCACCUGAACAACCAGGACGGUUCUAAAUUUGUCACUAUUUGUCUCAACACAAAUGAGUAUUACAUAUAAAUUUAUUCACCUCUCAAACACAUCAAUUAUUCCAAAACAUUUGUUUUUCAUACAAUAUGUGAAGUAUCCAGAUUGUAUUACUCAAUACUUACAUAAUAUAUCUGUAAGUAUGAUGUACUUCAUUAACUGACAGCGUGCAAAAAAUGUAAAAAUAUUGUCUUUGAAAAUGUAUAUUUUUACUAAAGAAAAUAUUGUCAACUUAGUUUAAGUGCACAGGAGCCUCCAUCAGUUGUUUAUUUUCCCUAACGAUUAAUUUGGUUACGACUAUUCAUAUCAAUAGACUUACAUGUAUUUAAAAUUGGAUUUUAUGUUAAUUAUUACUGGAGUGCCUCAAACUACGGAGAGAAUGGUGCUUGCCAGUGGAUCUAGACAUUAUCUUAAACAAGACCACAGUAACUCCGUUUACCUGGAAUGAGAAACUUUGAAAUACCUGUCUCUAAUCAAAAAUAUAGUCUGGAAAUUUGAUAACCCUAGGCGGAAAACUAGUAUGAAAAACUAUUUUUAAGUUACUGGUAGUAAACCAUUGAAGGCAUUGACGGUGAGGAGAAGCCUAUCUGGUAAAACCUAGAGCUAUAAUCCAGAAAUACUGACAUGUGAAAACAGUUCAGUACCGCCCAAGGAAAACAAUAUACACAAAAGAGGUUUAUAUACAACUAGGGCAUUUGAGGUUAACACAGAUCUUAUACUUCUAUAUCUGGUGAUAUACAGAUUAUGGAAGAUACCGGCGAUAAGAGUAUUGAAAAUCGUGGAGUGUGUUGUUUCGUAACUAAGCGAAAUAAGUAUAUUAGUCAAACCCAUUGAAGACUCCAGUUCGAAUGUAUAGGCAGAAAUACUUGCUAUCUUGAAAAAAACUGAACAGAACUGGGCAAGAAUAGAGUAUCUGCAAUUAGAGUUCCUGGAUAUAUAUACAUAAAUCAAUGAAGAGCCAAAUAUACUCACCAGAAAAGAAUACAAACGUCUUUUAUUUGCGAGGAUAAUUUCUGCUGUAGAGGAAAAAUGCUUCUAUAAGGAUAAAGUUUUGGAAGAAGGAAACCUAAAGAGCAGAAAUCUAGAGGUAUCUUUCUGGGCUAAAUCACUACAAAAACUGUCUUCCUACCACUAGAUCUAGAAAGUACUACUUUUCUGUGGUUUAGGAAAAUGCUUCUAUGAGAAACUUAUUGAUAAAAAGGAUGAAACUGAAAGAGGUGUCUUCCAUAGUAUUUGUAUAUCAAGAAUCUCAAUAUCAUGAAAGGUAAAGCUCUAUACUAGCUUCCUAACAGGUCUCCCAUGAGUGUUGAUUCUGUGGGAAGGAGAAAGAAGCUCUAGUUCAUCAGAAUGCCUUGAGUUUGCGAGCUUAUGCAAGAAAUGCUUUGGAAAAUUAAGCUUCAACCGUCUUGAAGUUAACAUAGAUUUUUGAGUUCAUUUGAAGCGCGGUGUAGAAGUUGAAAACAGCUUUAAAAAGGGGGUACAACAAUCCCCGAAUCUAGACAUUGGAUCUGAGUAUAUAUCUUUGAUGGUUUUAUGGUAAUAAAAUACUACUAAAUUCAAA